CCCCGCAACUACUUCACUGUGUGUUUGGUUGAUAUAAAAAUCCAUUUUCUGCUGCCAAAAAAGUGUGCUUGAUCUUGGUUUGUUGCAUACUUUAUACCCUUUUUGACAUUUCCAUUUUAUUUUAUUUUUUUAUCAAAAAGAAGCUGCUGAAGCAAGUAAUGGGGUUGAGUUUUCUUGAACCCCAUUUCAGUGGAUAUGCUUUUCUUUUGCUUCUCUUUCAUAUUUAGCUUAGGUACCAAGUGGGGUAUAACUAUAAAUCUAAAAAUUAAAUAUUUUUUGGGUGUGUUAUCUUCUGUCCAAUUCUGCAGUUGAAGCUAGUACUGGGAAAUUAAACAUGUCUAGGGCAUUGGUUCAUUUGUUGGGUGUUUUGUGGCUAUGUUGGAGGUUGGCAUUAACUGUAGAAGCCCAAGUAGAGUAUCUGAGGUACAAAGAUCCGAAGCAACCUGUUGUAACUCGGGUUAAGGACUUGCUGAGUAGAAUGACUUUGGAGGAGAAGAUUGGUCAAAUGGUUCAAAUUGAUAGGAGUGUUGCCAAUGCUAAGGUUAUGAAAUCCAGCUUUAUUGGGAGUGUAUUGAGUGGCGGCGGUAGUGAACCCCUUCCAAAGGCUACUGCUGAAGAUUGGGUUAAUAUGAUCAAUGAAUUUCAGAAAGGAGCUCUGGCUAGUAGAUUGGGCAUCCCUAUGAUCUAUGGUAUUGAUGCUGUUCAUGGACACAAUAAUGUCUACAAUGCUACCAUAUUUCCCCAUAAUGUUGGGCUUGGAUGUACCAGGGAUCCUGAACUGGCACAGAGGAUUGGUGCUGCAACUGCACUUGAAGUCAGGGCUACUGGGAUUCCUUAUGUUUUUGCCCCAUGCAUAGCGGUUUGUAGAGAUCCAAGAUGGGGUCGGUGUUAUGAAAGCUAUAGUGAGGAUCCUAAAAUUGUGCAAGAAAUGACAGAGAUCAUACCUGGUCUACAAGGAAAUAUCCCUGCUAAUUCCAGGAAGGGAUUUCCGUUUGUUGGUGACAAGACAAAGGUAGCUGCUUGUGCUAAGCACUUUGUUGGAGAUGGUGGUACAACCAAGGGAAUAAAUGAGAACAACACAGUGAUUGACUGGCAUGGAUUGCUGAGCAUUCACAUGCCUGCCUAUUCUGAUUCAAUUAUUAAGGGCGUAUCUACAGUCAUGGUUUCAUACUCCAGUUGGAAUGGUGUAAAGAUGCAUGCAAAUCGUGAUCUUGUCACUGGCUUCCUCAAAAAUACCCUUAAGUUUAAGGGAUUUGUCAUCUCAGAUUGGCAAGGUAUUGACAGAAUCACAACACCACCCGAUUCAAACUAUACAUAUUCUGUCCAGGCUGCCAUUGAAGCUGGUGUUGAUAUGGUGAUGGUCCCAUACAAAUACGAUGAGUUCAUUCAGGAUCUUACCCUCUUGGUCAAGAGUAGCGUCAUUCCAAUGGAGCGAAUUGAUGAUGCUGUGGAGAGAAUUUUGCUUGUAAAGUUCACCAUGGGUCUUUUUGAGAAUCCUCUAGCUGAUUUCAGCUUAGUCAAUGAGCUUGGAAGCCAGGAACACAGGGACCUUGCUAGGGAAGCUGUGAGGAAAUCUCUUGUGCUGCUUAAGAAUGGCAAAAAUGAAAGUUCUCCACUUCUGCCUCUUCCAAAGAAAGUUCCAAAAUUCCUUGUUGCUGGUACUCAUGCCGAUAAUUUGGGUUACCAAUGUGGUGGGUGGACAAUCAAAUGGCAAGGAUUCACGGGCAACAGUGACACAAGGGGAACAACUAUUCUUGGUGCCAUAAAAUCAGCAGUUGAUCCAAGCACAGAAGUUAUCUUUCAUGACAACCCUGAUGGCGAUUUUGUUAAAUCAAACAACUUUGAAUAUGCAAUUGUUGUAGUUGGUGAACCUCCUUAUGCUGAGACUGCAGGGGACAGCACAGAACUUACAAUGAUGGAUCCUGGCCCAAAUGUCAUCAACAAUGUCUGCGGGGCUAUUAAGUGUGUGGUUAUUGUCAUUUCUGGCAGACCUAUUGUGAUGGAACCAUAUGUUUCUUCCAUAGACGCAUUGGUGGCAGCGUGGUUGCCAGGCACUGAAGGUCAAGGUGUGACAGAUAUCCUUUUUGGUGACUAUGGUUUCAGCGGUAAGCUUGCAAGGACAUGGUUCAAAUCCGUUGAUCAACUCCCAAUGAAUGUUGGGGAUCCUCACUACGAUCCUCUUUUUCCGUUUGGUUUUGGACUAACAACCGAAUCUGUCAAGGACCUAGUAGCAAGGUCAACCUCAGCUGCUGUGAGUGUAAGGGCUUGUAUAUUUACAUUGAUGGUGACAUUAAUCAUCAGCUUAUAUAUAACUGGUUAAAACACAAUUUAUUGGGAGCUUAUUGGAGCGGGCGGCUGAAGAGCUUAGUCUUAUUUUUAGUCUAAUUCAUUGUAUUAGGACAUCAUUAUUGUUCAUGAACUAGUAAUUUUAGCUCAUAUUUUUCACUAUCAGACAUUGUUCGAAGGAAAUAUCAAACAAUUAGGGAUAUGAAAAUCACCAAGCGCUAAGUAGUGAAAUUAUUUGUUAGAGAAUCAAGAGAUUUUGAUUGUCUUGGGAAAUGAUGGGGACGAACUCCGUUGCCUCUAUUUGUUACAUGGGCAUUAAAGCUUAAAAAUCUCCGUGCUGUCUUUUUGUAUAUAGCCCGAAUUCAGAAUAGAAAAAUGUUCACAGAAUAGGGGUUGGUACUAAUUUUCUAGUAUUUCCGUUUUGCUUGACCUGAUUUUAG